CGUAUUUCCCUUUGAUAUGGGUGCGUGGAGCAAUUCAAAUCGGUUGCUGCCCCGCCAUUUGUUCUGAUCUAUCUUUGAAUUCCCUCAUCAAUCAGUGCAAUUGUUGUUUAAAUUCCAACACUCUGCUGUCGAAGGAUCGAAUCCCGCCCAGAAGAAAAGAAGAAAAGGAUUGGUAAGAAGAACACAGGACCACUCAUAACCUAACUAACACAAUGAUGGGAGCAACGGCUGCAGCCCCUGCAGGAGUGGUAGCCGGUUCUGGACGUGAGCUGUCAAAUCCUCCCACCGACGGCAUCUCGAAUCUGCGCUUUUCCAACCACAGCGAUCACUUGCUCGUUUCCUCCUGGGACAGGAGAGUACGAUUAUACGACGCCAGUGCAAAUUUGUUGAAGGGACAAUUUCAACACGGCGGCGCUGUUCUGGAUUGCUGCUUCCAUGAUGAUGCUUCUGGAUUCAGCGGAAGCGCCGACCACACUGUUAGAAGGUAUGAUUUCAGCACCGGCAAGGAAGAUAUUUUGGGCAGACAUGAAGCUCCUGUGCGUUGUGUUGAGUACUCAUAUGCAGCAGGUCAAGUAAUAUCUGGGAGUUGGGACAAAUCAUUAAAAUGCUGGGACCCUAGAGGUGCCAGUGGGCAGGAGAAGACUCUCGUUGGUACAUAUCCACAACCUGAGCGAGUGUAUUCUAUGUCCCUAGUUGGUCACCGUUUGGUGGUAGCUACAGCUGGGAGGCACAUAAAUGUUUAUGAUCUUCGUAACAUGUCACAACCUGAACAACGGAGGGAAUCAUCUCUGAAAUAUCAAACCAGAUGUGUUCGUUGCUAUCCAAAUGGAACAGGUUUUGCGCUUAGUUCUGUGGAAGGUCGUGUAGCCAUGGAAUUUUUUGAUUUGUCUGAUGCUGGUCAAGCUAAAAAAUAUGCUUUUAAAUGUCACCGCAAGGUAGAGGCUGGCAAAGAUACUGUAUUCCCAGUGAAUGCAAUUGCUUUCCAUCCAAUAUAUGGGACUUUUGCAACUGGAGGAUGUGAUGGUUAUGUAAAUGUAUGGGAUGGAAACAACAAGAAGCGAUUAUACCAGUAUUCAAAAUAUCCGUCGAGCAUUGCAGCAUUGUCAUUUAGUAGAGAUGGUCUCUUGCUGGCUGUGGCAUCAAGCUAUACUUUUGAGGAUGGCGAGAAACCACAUGAAUCAGAUGCUAUUUUUGUUCGUGGUGUCAAUGAAGCAGAGGUGAAACCAAAGCCCAAAGUAUAUGCUACUCCUCCAUGAGACCUACAUGAUAUGAUUUAUGAGCAGUUUGCUUUCCUAGGAUUGGAAUUCUUCAAAUUAGUCAAGGUGUAGUUGCUACAGUUGUUUUCCAAUGAUUUAAAGAGAAAAUUUAUUUGUUUUAGAGCAGUUUCCUGACCCCAUGCUAAAUACCUUAAGCAUGACCAUAGCAGUCUGAUGCACAACUGAAGCUCUCACAACUUUUUAUUCUAGUGUGAAGCAUUAGAUUCUUUAUUUGUAUUAAAUUGGUGAAGAUUUAGUAUUCUUCAUUACAGUUUUAUCAUGCCAAAUUGCCAAAAUUGCUUGUGGAGCAAGCAAUAAACAAUACCUUCUAGAUCACCUGGACGUAGACAAAGAAAAAAACAUGAUAAUUCACCAAUCAAAGUUAUGGAAGAUCAUUCUACACACUGCAGCUUAGCUUUUUUAAUGAGCACAUGAAUUGAUUAUAUUGUAGCAGAACCAUAAUGCACAAGAUGCACUGGUUAAUUAUAUAUAAAUUGAGCCUUGUGCUCAGUAGCUAGAAUCUCUUAGCAUUUCUCUA